CCGACUGCUCACUGGGCCAGAAGGUCUUGUAUCUGAGAUCCAUUGUACAGAUAAAAAACAGCUUGCAUUAUGCUGUGGAAGUAUUUUAUGAAGGAGAUACAGAACUACAAAGCUGUGGGGUGGCCCACCCACACUCUGUCUUCAGUAUGCCACUCAAAGCAGUCUACAGCUUGUCCAGUGAACUUUACUUCAGGCCUUGUAUUGGCAGCUAUGAACUAUCCAUGGAGCCCUUCAACUGGCGUAGUGCUGAGAACUCGGGCCUCGUGCAAAUUUCCUGCCCUGAUAUUCAGAAAGGUUUCUCAGCAUGUUACUUCAAUAUAGAAGCAGAGGUGGAAAAAAUUUUCUUUGAGAGUGGUGAAGAAAAAAAUGCCAAGAGUUUCUUCUUUCACCUGCAGCCAACAGUCAUCCUCCACAAUCUACUGCCCUUUACAAUCAGCUAUCUUUUGGAGGGUACUGCUGAUCAUGAGAGUCUGACAAAGGGAGAAAACCGACCUCUCAUGCAUGCAUGCUUCACAGAAACUACCUUGGGAAUUGUGAUUCCAUCAUACCAAAAUGAAGAGUGGAUGGGAUGUUGCCAAAUACAGUGUAACACACCAUUGCUGACCACGUGUUCAUUUGAGGCUGGCCCAGAAUCAAACAGAGCUAGUCUGGACUUGGGGUUACACUGUAAGCUCAACAAGGGCACCCUGGAUGUGUCACUGUUUUGUCCUUACUGGAUGAUCAACAAAACAGGAAAAUGGCUGGCCUACAGGGGUUCAGACCAAAGCAGUGUUGUACAACAUCCACCUGAUGCAGAGGCUCUUGUACUGUUCUCUUACAAGAGAAAAUCAUUCUUCAGUGCCAAGAAAAAAGAUAAAGAAGAGGGGAAACAUGAGGGUGAGAAAAAGUCAAAGGACAAAGUUCAUGUGAUGAAACAGGCUGGGAAAGCACAACUGCAGAUUGAAAACCUGGAAUGGUCUGACAAGUUUUCCCUGGACACAGUUGGAAGCUCUGGUACGGUACAGUGCAGAUCAAAGACUGAAGAGGCAGAGGUGGGCGUCAAGAUCUACUUGUCUAGUUCAGGACUUACCAAAGUUGUUACCUUCACACCCUAUUAUCUGCUGCUAAAUAUUUCCACGGAGUCAAUACUCAUAACAGAUCACGAAAACUGGAUAGAAGUACCUUCACAACAGGUUAUUCCCUUCUAUCCUUAUCCGAGUGAGAACAUUACUAUCAAGGCUAAAAUAAAGGGAACUUCUGAAGAGACUGUGCCAUUCCCUAUCGAUCAGGCACACUCCACUAUGCUAAGGCUUGACAAUGAGUAUGGAGCAAUCUGUGCAGAAUGCCAGGUAACAGAAUCCUCCAUGAUUACAACCUUGAAGGGCUACAGUCCAGGACUAGCUGCUGUGCGAGUGGUCAACCACAUUGAGAAUUUCAGUGUCACAUUUUACCAGUGCGGCCUUAAGGAUUGCCAAGUCACGGUUCCAUCACAGCACACAGUAUUAUACACAUGGGAUCUUCCCAUGGGUGUUCGUGAGAUUGUCUGGUCAUGUGGCAACAAAAGGAAUGUGAAAAAUAAUCUGUCUGAAGAUGAUAUGGAUGAGUUCUUUGCUGACGAUGACACGAAAGUGUAUUGGGUCACCUUUCUGGAUGGUCUGCAGCGUGUCCUUCUCUUCACAGAAGACCUUGAAAUAGCAGUAGAAGCUCAAGAGGCAGGUGAGCUGGAGCAUGUGGAGAAGGAAUUACUCUUCCAGCUUCAGAGCUUUGGGCUGUCUCUGGUCAACGAUCUCACUCAGGAAGAGCUUGCUUUUCUGGGAAUCACUAGCUCUGGCAUCAUCUGGGAAGAAAAAAAGAAAAGGAGGUAUAAGGCUUUGAAACUCAAAGAUUGCAAGAUGUUGGAGGAAGCUUAUCAGAAAUACCACAAUGACCUGGUUGUGGGCAAGAUACCAAACAUUACUGUUCAACUGGAAAACAAAAUGGAGGUAGAUUUUUCCAGCAUGACUGCUGUAAAGCCCAGAACUUUUCCCAUCAGACGAAUAUUUGAAAAUGGUAUCUGGUUUAAUUUCAAAUCUUCUGCACACCAGCAGCAGCUACAUGCCAAAAUAAAUCGCCUUCAGUUUGACAAUCAGAUGGCUCAUGCCAUCUUCCCAACAGUGUUGUCACCAGUCGCUCCACCCAAGACAGUGGCAGCCGAUAGUGCGCCCAAGUCUUUUAUAGAAGUCAGUCUUAUGAUGAGGAUGCAUGAACACAGCAAUGUCAGCCAGAUCAAGUAUUUCAAGGUGCUUGUACAGGAGAUGAAUGUCAAGGUGAGCCAAGAAUUCCUCAAUGCCGUUCUGGACUUUUUAGCUCCCACCGAGCCAUUGCCAAGGAUACAGGAGACAAUUCAGUUUCUAGAAGACAUCAAACUUAGUGAAAAGAGUUUGAUGAAUCUUGUUGGUCUCUCACUGUCCGAGGAGCAAAAAAACUUCUAUGACUACCUCCAUCUCUCGCCCCUCAAGAUCCACUUAAGCUUUUCCCUACAAAACAGUAGUGGUUCAACCGAAACCAUGGAGCUCCAUGCUGGUGUGCUAAACGUUUUCCUGCAGAGUGUAGGGGUUGUGCUGACCGACAUCCAGGAUGUAGUCUUCAAACUGGGAUAUUUUGAGCGAUCUCAUGCCUGUUACAAUCAGAGUCAGCUGAUUAGAGAAGUGAGCAGACAUUAUAUAGGACAGGCUAUCAAGCAGACCUAUGUGUUGGUUCUUGGUCUGGAUGUACUAGGCAACCCCUUUGGUCUCCUGCGUGGCCUGUCAGAAGGUAUUGAGGAUCUCUUCUAUGAGCCUUACCAGGGUGCUAUUCAAGGACCAGAGGAAUUUGCAGAGGGACUUGCACUAGGAGUGCGCAGUCUCUUUGGUCAUACAGUUGGUGGAGCUGCUGGUGCUGUGUCACGCAUCACAGGAACACUGGGUAAAGGCCUGGCCUCUCUAACUCUAGAUGAGGAGUAUCAGAAAAAGCGGCAGGCCCAGCUCAACAAAAGGCCAGCAACUGCAACAGAAGGCUUUGCACGAGGUGGCAAAGGACUCGUAAUGGGUGUUUUUGAUGGUGUGACCGGCAUUGUACGCAAGCCUGUGGAGGGAGCCAGGCAGGAAGGAGUCAGUGGAUUCUUUAAAGGUGUUGGAAAAGGGCUGGUGGGUGUGGUGACAAGACCAACCAGUGGUGUUGUUGAUUUUGCUAGCAGCUCUUUUGAAGGCAUCCGCAGAAUUACUGAGAUGACAGAUGAGAUAAAACGUCUCCGGCCAGCUCGAAGAUUUUACAAGGAUGGUGUGAUACGCCCCUACGUCCACCAAGAGGCUGAAGGUUAUGAAGUUUUGAAGGAGACAGAUAAGGGGAAAUUCAUAGCAACUGAUGAAUAUCAAGCACAUGUGGUGGUCAGCAAAGAUGGCAAGAAUAUUUUCCUCUUGACUGAUAAACGCAUUAUAAUGGCCAAACUGGGUGAGAUCUUUGGCUCCUGGGACUGCGAGUGGUCAUAUACAUGGGCAGAGCUGAAAGAGCCACCAAAGAGGAUACCAAAAGGAAUUGAGAUCAUACUUAAGGAAAAAGAGAAGAAGAAAUUUUUCUCUGGUGGAGCAUCUAAGAAGGAGGUUACUAUCACAGAUCCCAUUAUUGUGGAGUGGAUUUUGCUCAGAAUUGAAGAACAGAUGACUAGAAACAGAUGAAUGUGAAAAUUAGUCAGAGCAUAAAACUGCAUUGGAAGAGGACCAGUUCUUCCAGCUGAAAAAGACUCAUUGUAGCUGGAACUUGAGCAAGAUGCCUUCUUCAGCCUGUGAAAAGUUUUCGCAUCAUAUGUUAAUACAACAGUGACCUUACCAGUAAACUAAUUAGGAAUAUGCUUUGUUUAAUCUUUUGAUUACAUUUCGGUCACUAUUAAAUCCUUAUUGUGCCGCUUCUUUGUGACAUUAUUUUAUUUAGUGUUUGAAAUAUUUCCAAAGAAUCUUCUUUAAAAUACACUUGAGAGGAGAAAGUCCUUGUCUACACUUCCUCAGUAGUGUUGCAGUGCAAUAUUUUCUCUGUUGUUUGCUGUCACUGUUUUCAUGUUUAUCGCACAGCUUAUAGCAUUAUUGCAUUGCAGCAGGAUUACACACAUAAGCGACAUCUGUACUAGUGUAUGUGAGCAUUUGGCAUAAUCCUUGAAUAGCUAAUUUUUUUUUUUUAAUGAUAUGUGUUCUCUUCUGAUAAUUUGGAAAUACUGGAUCUUUCUUUUGGUUGAUAAAGAUUUCAUAGCCUUUUACAUAUGAAUCUUUGUUGUUACCUAGUGAUCAAGAUUGUCUAAACUCUGAAGAAUUUAUGCAAAAAUUCAUGUGUAACUUUUGGACUGUGCAUCCUGUGCAAAGAUGUACCAUUUUUCCCUCAGAGUGUAUAUUGAGAUUGUAGAAGGAAGUAAAAGCAGUAAAAAAAAGAUUAUGCCACCCUAAAAGAGGGAAAGAGAAGAAGUCAACAUCCUACAGUUACUUCCUUCUUAUCAGGAGAGAUUAAGAAGUGUCUGACAUUUUUAUAUGUGCUUAUAUUGUCUCGCCGUUUCUUCAUACCAGCUGCUGAUUAACAUGUGAGGAGACUUUGCCUUUGUUAUCAUCAUAUUUUAAAAUUUUUUAGUUAAGAAAUGUCUUCCCAUAGCAAUGAAUUUUGAUAUGCCAUUUUCAAUAUCUUCCUAUAGCUUAAGAAGUUAGUGUGUUUUAUAUCUCUUUAUUAUUUGUGUUACUUUAUACCGUGAAGGCAAACAACACUAAGCUUGAUGUCCAACUUAAAAUCUAUGAACAUCUUAUUCAUAUAUAUAUAUGCAUGAACCUAGCCCCAUGCAUACAUCUAUACCUUUGUAAAAACAUGUUCGCAUGAUCUUGUCCUCAGAGCUAAGCAGCUGUGAUUGCAGAGAUUUCAUGUUCGCUAGCAUGGCCUUCUUCAUUGUUAAGAGGUGCAGCCAGAAGCAGUGGGAUAAGUGAUUAUUACAUCUUUCUUGAAGUGUCCUUUGAGUCUUUUUCCAUUUUCUGAUCUCAUGCAUAUUUAAUAGCACUUGUUGACUUUUGUUUUUUUUUGUAUAGAUCACUGAGUGAAAUAAACUUGGGAUGUAAUUCACCACUAAUGCUUGCAUCUGUUGUGUAUAUUUUUUUAGAUAUUUCUACUGAUAUGGUGCAAAUAUGACAUUUAAAUUGUUUAUCCACGUUAUAAACACUGAUAUAUAUUAGCAUUCAAAUAAAAAUUUAUAAAUACCUUUGUGAACUUUAAGAAGUUUUUUUCUUCACAAGAGUUCAACUUCCACUCCCAACACUUUUUUUCUGCAGUGUUAGAAUUGUAUGUAGUCUUAUUGUGCCAGUGUUUUCUUGGUGUGAUGUUUUUAAAAUCUUUUGUUAGGUAACUAAGAAAUGUUAUUGAUAUGCUCAGUAUAUUCUCAGAAGCAAUAAGUUAACAUCUCAGGAUGUUAAAUAAGUAAUGGCUGUAUUAUGAACAUUUAUAUAUGAAAAGAUAAUUUGUUCAAGUAAUAAAUAUGAAGUUUGAGUAAUGUAUAUCCAUAUGGUCAAAUAUUAUAAGCACAGUCUUUGAUUCUAACUAGAAAUCUGUUAACAAAAUCUGCUUCAAAAGUGUUAUAGAAAUGGGUAGAAUCCUGCUUAUAUUACAUGAUCAUCUCAAAGAUUUUGUUCUGGGAUCUUCUGUUCGUCAUAUAUAUAUAAUCUUCUGUUACAUAUUCUGUGUGGUUGAAUGUUGCUGAUGAAUACAUCGAUCCUUUAACUAUGAGAAUAUUUGAACAAAUGUGCACUUUGUUGCUUGGAGAGUGAUUCAGUAUAUUCAUUUGAGUAGCUGGAACAGAAGAUAUUAUUGUAUUUUCUUUUAAAGAUUAGCACUGUCAGUAUGGAAAAAUUUAGUACAAAGUUCUGUUGUGUUAAUAGUUAGCUUUUUGUCUCUUCUUGGCAUGAAAAGGUUAGACUAUAUGACAUGAGGUUUCAUGUUUCUAAUUGUUAUGAGUGCUUUUUGACUUUGUUUCAUUUCUGUCCUUGGCAUAUUUUGUUGAUUAUGAAACACUUAGUUUAUGUGCACUUACUGUUUUUGUUCUUGUAGACAAAAGCUUGCAAAGGCAGUGUCCACACUUUUGUUUCCACAAUAUAUUUAGCUGCUUACAGACUUAUGUCCACAAUUUUUUUCUAAGGGAAAUGGAAAUAAUUCUGCACUUUCUUUUAAAGGGUAAUGUCCUUACCACAGUUUAGACCUGGGACAUCUUUUAAUACAUGAGGUGGACCAUAAAGUGGCAAAAAGUUAAAUAUAAGACAUCCAUUUUUUUAGCUUGUCUAUGUAUUUUCAUAGUUACGUUAAAUAUUUCAAGAGACUGAGGCUUUCCUAUCAGAAUAAGUAUUUUGAUUAUAGCUGGAUUUUUAUAAAAUAUCAACAGCUAAUAUUUCUUCUUUCUUGUAUGAUGCCAGUUUAUCAACAUAUUUCCAGAAUAUUGGGCAUUGAUGAAAAAGGACAAAACUACUUGAUUAAAUAAAAAUAAUGCUAAAAAUAAAAAAAAAAAACCAUUGUACUAUGAUCCAUAAAAGCUUGAUGCAGAAAACCACAUCAGUAAAAGCUUUGCUCUUAGUACUUUACCAACAUUUACUGAAGCAAAUUCAGACUUGGUGUUCUAGUCUUUCAAACAAAACUUUAAAAGUUAUGGAGAUAAUUUAUAAGCAUAUUUCUUUACAGUUUUCAACUCUUCUUUGAAGAAGAAAUUUUUUAUACUCCUGGUUCUUCUUGUACCACUUUAAACAUAUAACUGUUAGCAAUAGCUUUUUAUUUAAUGAAAUGAGGUGUUUGCAUUUAUGUGUAUAUUUUAAACCAAGAGCCCCAUUUUCGCUAGAGCUGAAAGACGACUAGGUGCAGCAUAAACAAAUUUGAACUGUGCUGAAAUGACUGCAUAUUUUUUGGAAGAUGGUUGUCAACAUUUCUGGGGAAUGAAACAGUAUUUGCUUAGAAAAAAAUUUUAAAAAUUGUCUGAAAGAUAAAAUACUUUAAUUAAGAAAUGCAUUCAGGAAUCUACUAAAAUCUGUAUCUUUCUUUGGUGCCACUUUUUUUUUUUAAAGAGUAAUUCAUGAACAGUAUAUUUUAUACACUUUUUACAAAUCUCAGAUUAAUGAUUCAAAGAAAAUAGGUGUAAUGUAUGUAUUACAAACUGAUAAAGUGCUUUUAUAAUAGAUGUUGCAAAAGUUCAUUCAAGCUAGAUACUAGGACAGUUGACCUGUCUUUUGAUUUAGAUUUAAUAUUGUUCAAUUGAUCCCUUGUGUUAUUCUGUGGACUUGUUACCAGUUAUGUUGUUUUCAAUAUGGAAUCUUGCAGGACAGUAAGGGGAGUUUAGUCUUUGCUACUCCUUGAGGAGAUUAGAGUCGCAACACAGUUAGGGGAUGUUACAAUUUAUACUGCAAGUGUUGUCUGGUUUUCCCACCAGCUCACCUUGUUUGCCAGCCAGUUGCUGGAUUUCAGGUUUUUUUUUUUAAACUGGCAGUAAAGUUAGGAGGCACUGAGACCUUGGCUCUUGUCUUGUAAGUGUACUUGUUCCAGUAGUACUUGGGCAUUUGUUAUAGGUGAAUGCUUUAUUAAGAGGUAAAUGAAUACAUAAACUUUUUUCUUUUUUUUUCAGCUUGUUUGAUGUGUAGAAUAGGGUCUAGAAAAUGCUGUUUGUACAACUGAUUAUUACUAUUAUAAAAAAUAUUUUCCACAUAGCUUAUUUAUGUGGCUUCAAUUUUUGAGAAUCACAGUCCUACAGUCAUGUUGUUCCUGCUUGCUUCUUUCAUUAAAAAUGCAAGGUUGACUUUUUAUUUUGUCAAUGCCUUUUUUAAAGCAAAAUUCUGAAGGAAUGUUUUUCAAUGAAUAAUUAUAUCCACAGAGUUUUGUUAAACAAUGUCUUGAAAAGGACACGUACACUUCUUUCUUUUGGUACCCACUGGCAACCAGUCAAAAUAAGUUCAAUAUUAUAUACUGCAUGCUUAAUACUCCUGGUGUGGUUUUGAUUGCUACAUUUAGAUAAUUAGCGUGGUGCUACAUGUGCAAUGCUUUUGGGAAGGAAUAUAUUUUCUUUUAUUUUGGCAAUUAAAUACAGUAAACCAUUUA